AUGGAAAAUAUAUACGUUGAUCCUAAUGUUAUUGAUGAAAAGGUAUGCUAUAAAGAAUGCCCUGUCUCAUCCGUCACCACAGUAAAGACGUCUGAAAAAGAGAAUUCAGAGAAACCAAAAGAACAGAAAGAUAUUCAAGUGACAGCUAAAAUAAGUGAAUCCGCUAACGCUAAUAACCAAAUCGGGGAUAAUCGUAAACUUGAAAGGAUCUACAUUAGUGGGAGUGGUAAACCGAAAGUCUUGCCAGUCAUUGUCGGGAGCGAAAAGGAUAAUAUUGAAUGUAUCAAGUUUGAUAUUGAAUCUGCAAAACGCAAAGAAGAAAUUGCUGAAAUUACUCCAGGCUGGUGCGAUUUUCCAUCUCUACUUGUAGUUAAAUGGAAAAUAAUGACUCCUCAUAAUAUUAUUCCUGGCGAUGAUGAUGUUAAUCAUAGUAUUAUUUACGGUGAUAAUUUUUUCAUGGGUGGAAAUGUUGUUUUCAGUGAUGGCAAUUCCCAUGUUGAAAAUGAUGAAUAUGAUUGUUCAAAAAAUUUAGAGAAUUCCAACGAUGAGGCGUUUAUGAAUUUUUCCAAUGAACAUGAUGAAGUCGAAAAAUUUUCAAGGUUGGAACUUUCUCAAAAAGUUGCUUGGGAGUUGGAUUCACAAUUUUGGAAUAGGGAAGAAUCUCCAUAUAGUUUCGAUCCUGAAGAUGAAAAAUUAGAAAGUGUGGACAGCAACGGUGAAUUGGAAUAUUUCAUAAAAUGGGAUGGUUGGGAUGAAAAAGAUAAUACGUGGGAAUUGUCAAAAAAUGUAUUUGCUCAAAAGUUAGUUAAUGAAUAUUGGAAUUCAUUAUCUAUUAAAAAAUCCGAUCAAAAACAAUUAAAAUCAAAAAAAUCAUACUCAUCAUCGACUGGCUUGGAUGAAAUAAAGAAAAGGUCUAAAAAACGAAAACCUAAAAAUAUUUCAAGCAGCGAUGAAGAGCGAUCCGAGAAAGUAGACAUUUCUAAGCCUAAAAAAAUAAAACAUAAAAAGCAGAGAGAAAAACAACCUAAACUUGAGUUGGAUGAUAUUGAACCGGAAACUUCUUCGGAUUGGGAACGUGAUAUUGGCGAUAUUGAAUCUGUAGAAAUAAAGGACGAGAGACUUGUAGUCUUUGUUGCAUGGAAUUCCGGAGUGAGAAGUAUGCAUUAUAUAGAGGAAGUGAACAAAAAGGCACCGCAAAAG